AUGGCACUUUCCAACGCUAGCCAGCUUGCUGUCAUCUUCCUCACUUUUCUUCUUCCGAUCCUCACAUACCUAUACUUUAACCACAGGCCUAAGGAGAGCUCCGCUGGGCCAUUACCGCCGCCGACAGAGAUUACCGAUAUUUUCAUACAUCCCAUCAAAUCAUGUCAUUACUUAACUGUCAAAUCUGCAAAGUUAUUGCCCACUGGACUGGAUCUAGAUCGGCACUGGAUGUGGGUUAGCUACCCUAAACUCGAAUUUCAGACCAUCCGUCAAAACUCGAGAAUGACCCUCAUUCGCCCAAGCUAUGACGCCAAAUCAGAUACGCUUACCGUUGUGGCCCCAGCCCCAAACUCCAUUGAUCAAAAGCUCCAGUUCUCCGUCCCGGCACAUCCCUCGCAGGAAUGGUUGGAGAAGAAUACCGAGUUCGUCGAAGCAAACAUCUGGGGCAAAGAAACCCCCGCUCAUGCGUAUUCUCCCGAGCUGACAGGCCCUUUCAACGAAUUUUUCGGCAAGGAAGUCAGGUUGGUAUACAAGUCCCCUUUCUUCGACGCACCGCGGAAACUGCCUUCAAAUGGGGCGGAGAAAAUACUAGGAAGGCCAGCAUCGACGUGUUUCCCGGACCUUAUGCCCAUCCUCGUUGGAUGCGAAUCCAGCAUCGAUGAGCUCAACUCACGCGUUCGUGCCAACGACGACAUCACCAUUGACAUACAUCGAUUCCGGCCAAACAUCGUCGUAAAGGGUAACAAACCAUGGGAUGAAGAUCGAUGGAAGACGCUGCGCAUCUUGCCGAAACCAGGUUCUAAGAGCGCGACGCAAAGCUUCGUCCUGGACGUCACCCAAAGGUGCGCACGGUGCCAGGUUCCCAACGUCGAUCCGGAGUCUGCGGAGAAGCACAAGAGACAGCCUUGGGAUACCUUGAUGAAGUAUCGAAGAAUCGACGAGGGCAUCAAGUAUAAGCCUUGCUUUGGGAUGCUGUGUGUACCGAGGGGUGAGGGAGGUAUGUUGGAAGUAGGGAUGAAGAUGGAGAUCCUGAAGGUCACGGACAAGCAUCGGUAUAUCCCAGGAUUUUGA